AUGAUGAACAUUCUAAAUUUUACUGAGGCUCCCAUGAAGGAUGAGAGCAUCGAAGAAUACGAACACCAUGAGUACGAUCCGAUUACCGGUACGAAUCUCAAUAACCCAGGUGAGCUCAGGAUCAAUAUUGAAACACAAGAUCUGUUUACUCACCCAAGCGAGAGCUAUCUGAUCAUCGAAGGGCGUCUGACAAAAACUGACGGGACCGCUUACGCAAACGAUGAUAACGUUACACUGACGAAUAAUGCUCUCAUGUAUCUUUUCAGCAACAUCAAGUACCAGCUUUCAGGACAGGAGAUUGAAUCUCUCUUUCAUCCAGGACAGGGUACAACGAUGCUUGGUCUGUUGAAAUAUCCAGAUGACUUCUCCAAGUCGCAGGGUUUGAAUCAAUUGUGGUACAAGGACACAUCAGCUGCAGCAUCUGCAGCUGCAGCAGCAGGCAAUGCCGGAUUUAGCGUUCGCCAAUCCUAUAUAAUCAAAUCUCCUGAUCCAAAGGGCACAUUUAGUUUCAGAGUACCACUCAAGCACAUCUUUGGAUUUUGCGAAGACUAUGACAAAAUUGUGUAUGGUAUGAAACAAACCCUGACUCUGGUGCGGAAAACGGACAACGAUGCGAUCUUCAGGAAUGCAAAUGUUGAUGAUGGGAAAAUUACCCUCGAAAAGGUGUCGUGGUUUAUGCCUCAUGUACUACCCGCAGAUGCUGAAAAUUUUCAGCUUUACAAGACACUCGAUUCAAAUGCGCUUCUACCCGUAAUAUACAGGAUCAGGCAAUGUGAUUCCAUCUCCGUAACACAGUCAACUAGCUUCACCUGGAGACUAUCUGUCAAAUCAGCGCCUGAAAGACCGCGCUAUAUCAUUGUCGGUUUCCAAACUGACAAAGACGGUGACCAAGAGCAGAAUCCUUCCAUCUUUGACAACGUCAAUGUGAGGAAUAUAUUUGUCAUGCUAAACUCGGCUAGAUACCCCGCAGUUGACUACAACCUCUCCUUUCCCAAACAGCAAUUCAGUCGGGCGUACGGUGAUGCAGCAGCCUUCAGGUCCAAGUUUUACAACAUGGACGAGUUGGUGUCAAACCCCAACAUCACCCCCGCCGAUUACAAGACUCUUUUCCCACUGUUUGUGUUCGACGUCAGCAAGCAGAGUGAGCGACUGAAGACCGCAGUCACUGACAUCCAAAUAAAAAUGCAGUUUAAUGCCAACGUGCCAGCGGGUACCGAAGCAUUUGCUGUUGUGAUUAGUGACAAGAUGAUAAACUUCAAGACCGAUGGGAAGAAGGUAAACGUUGUAUAUAGCUAG